AUGGCCAGUAAAGUGAUGGACCUGAUCUACUGGAAGGACACAGAGCGAACAGGCAUGGUGUUGACAGGCCUGGUGGUGGGCCUGCUGACCUUGUUCCAGCUCAGCAUCAUCACCGUACUCUCCACCGCCUCCCUGGCUGUCGUGUGCGUCACCAUCUCAAUGCGCAUCUACUACCAUGUCCUCCACGCCCUCAAGUGGGGCGAUGGAGAUCACCCCUUCAAGUCGUACUUGGACCUGGACAUCAGCUUCAGUGGAGAACAGGCUGAACUCAAUAUGCAGAAAGCCAUUGUCAUGACGCUGUCGGCUGUUGACACUCUGAAGAGACUGGUCUUUGUGGGAAACCUUUUUGACUCCCUCAAGUUCCUGGUUCUGAUGUACCUCGUGACGUUCCUUGGAGCCCUGUGCAAUGGCCUUACUGUGUUCAUCAUCUGUGUGAUUGCUCUCUUUUCCCUGCCACUUUUCUACAGACAACGCCAGGAGCAAGUGGACAAGUUCUUUGCAAAUAUCCAGGCUAGAGUUGACAACAUCAAGGACAUCUUUGUAAGACUUGCCCAAGGCGGUGGCCCUCCUUCCGACCCAACUCCUGGUGGCGCCAAACCCAAUUUCCAGUAA